AACUCAGCCCACCUAUAAAAAGGAUUUCUAGAGAGAGAAAAGGAAAGGAGAUAUAGAGAGAGAAAGGUACAGUAGAAAGGAAGGACUUCUUGUUGCAGACUGCAGAGAAAAAAAAGAGGAUCUUUCUUUCACCCAAAACCCUAGCUUUAUACCUUCAGGGUCACUAGUAAGGCCGCCUCUUAUCUCUCUCUCUCCUCACUUGAACACAAUAAUGGGUUUCGUAUAGUUAGAUCUGCGGUAGCUCAUUUUGGAAGAUAUUACCAGUAAUUUUAUUUACUCUCAUUCCUGUGGUUUGUAGCCAGAAAAAGAAAUUGUAGAGAGAGAAACACAGAGGUGGUACUGGUUUAUGUAUUAUUUGGGUUAUGUUCUUGUACUUGUUAGUUGUGCUGGGAUUUUAUAAAUUUAGGUCUCAUUUACAAGAAUUUGUGGUUGACAAGGUAGCUUUGGCUUGUAGUUGUGGUAUGUUCCAUUAUGGGUUUUGACUGUAUUUGGUGACAAGGUUUUGGAAAUUGAGCAAGAUGGUGUGUUUGUAUUGGUACAUGAUCGUGAAGGGCCAACAAGGUAGCUUUGUGUGCUAACUGGUACUUGUGAGUCUUGAAGGUGUAAGAGUAAGGAAGUGAAAGUGUUGGGGCAUUGUUGAUUGUACUAAUUGCGAUGCCAUUUUUAGCAUGUUUGUUGUGAUGUUUUAUUUCUUGUCGUGAAAUUUCAAAUCUUUAGGGAACAAUUUUGUUGGUUGGAGUUUUAUGGGAGUUGUUUGACGAAGUGAUAGAACUUGGGUAUUCGUGAAUGUGAAAAAGGUUGCAAAGAGAUUUACAAGGACUGCUGGAAUGCUGUUAUUUUGGCCUUGGCAAAAUUGGAAGCUUGUGUAGAAGUUGGUAGAAUUGAAGAGGUUUGCAUUCUCGACGGGUGUAUCAUCAAACGGAAGGGUCAGAGUUUUGGAUUUUGGUUUCGGGUGUCAUCCUACUCUGUUUUUCUUGGUUUAUACUGGAUAUUUGCGCUGGAGUGGUUGGGGAUACCAGGCGUGGGAGCCAUGUCAUCCUUGAGUCGGGAACUGGUUUUCUUAAUCUUGCAGUUCCUGGAUGAGGAGAAGUUCAAGGAAACAGUCCAUAAGUUGGAACAAGAGUCUAGUUUCUUCUUCAAUAUGAAAUACUUUGAAGAUCAAGUUCAAGCAGGUGAAUGGGAUGAAGUUGAACGAUACUUAUGUGGGUUCACUAAGGUUGAGGACAACCGCUACUCAAUGAAGAUUUUCUUUGAAAUAAGAAAACAAAAAUAUCUGGAAGCACUUGAUAGGCAUGAUCGAGCAAAAGCGGUUGAUAUUCUUGUGAAGGAUCUCAAGGUGUUUGCAUCUUUUAAUGAAGAACUGUUUAAGGAGAUCACCCAGCUACUUACUCUUGACAAUUUUAGGCAGAAUGAGCAACUUUCCAAGUACGGGGACACGAAAUUAGCACGAAGUAUAAUGCUAGUUGAACUUAAGAAGCUCAUCGAGGCAAAUCCAUUGUUUCGUGAGAAACUUACAUUUCCCACAUUCAAAGCGUCCCGAUUGCGGACACUGAUAAAUCAAAGUCUUAACUGGCAGCAUCAACUUUGCAAGAAUCCACGGCAAAACCCUGAUAUCAAGACACUUUUUACUGAUCAUACUUGUGCUUCUAGUAAUGGAACUCGUCCUCCUCCGCCUUCUAAUAGUCCUCUUACUGGACCUGUUCCCAAAGCAGGAGCUUUUCCUCCUAUUGGAGCCCUUAACCCUUUCCAGCCAGUUGUUUCUCCAUCUCCGAGUGCCAUUGCAGGGUGGAUGUCAAGUACUAACCCUUCCAUGCCUCAUGCUGCUGUAGCAGCAGGCCCUGUUGGUCUUGUGCAGCCUCCUGGUGCAGCUGCAUUCCUUAAGCACCCAAGGACUCCUCCAGGGGCUCCUGGAAUGGAUUAUCAAACGGCUGAUUCAGAGCACUUGAUGAAACGUAUACGCGUUGGCCAAUCUGAUGAGGUUUCUUUUUCUGGUACUACCCAUUCGCCCAAUAUUUAUUCACCAGAUGACCUUCCGAAAACAGCUGUGCGGAAUCUCAACCAGGGAUCUAACGUCAUGAGCAUGGACUUCCACCCACAGCAACAGACUGUUCUUCUAGUUGGAACAAAUGUCGGUGACAUCAGUAUUUGGGAAGUUGGUUCGCGGGAAAGAAUAUCCCAUAAAACCUUCAAGGUUUGGGAUGUCUCAGCUUGUUCAAUCCCCUUACAGACAACCUUGGUGAAAGAUGCUGCAAUAUCUGUUAAUCGAUGCAUAUGGGGCCCAGAUGGAGCCAUACUUGGCGUUGCUUUUUCCAAGCACAUUGUUCAGAUAUAUACAUACAAUCCAGCAGGGGAAUUGCGACAGCACCUGGAAAUUGAUGCUCAUAUUGGUGGUGUUAACGACAUCGCCUUUGCUCAUCCCAAUAAGCAACUGUGUAUAGUUACAUGUGGUGAUGACAAGACAAUCAAGGUGUGGGAUGCGGUAGCUGGACGAAGACAGCAUAUUUUUGAGGGUCACGAAGCUCCUGUAUAUUCUGUCUGCCCACACUAUAAAGAAAAUAUCCAGUUUAUUUUCUCCACUGCCAUCAAUGGGAAAAUUAAAGCGUGGCUUUAUGAUUGCUUGGGAUCGAGAGUAGACUAUGAUGCUCCUGGACUUUGGUGCACCACAAUGGCAUAUAGUGCUGACGGAACCAGACUUUUCUCUUGUGGAACAAGCAAAGAAGGUGAAUCCCACCUGGUUGAGUGGAAUGAGAGUGAAGGAGCUAUUAAGAGGACAUACUCUGGUUUUAGGAAGCGGUCUGUAGGUGUUGUGCAAUUUGACACGACAAGGAACCGUUUUUUAGCAGCUGGUGAUGAAUUUCAGAUCAAGUUUUGGGAUAUGGACAAUACUAACAUACUAACAGUUUCUGAAGCCGAGGGUGGAUUGCCUGCUAGUCCUAGACUGAGGUUUAAUAAGGAAGGUUCCUUACUUGCUGUUACCACAAGUGACAAUGGAAUCAAAAUCUUAGCAAAUACUGAAGGACAGCGCAUGCUUAGAAUGCUAGAAAGCAGAACAUUUGAGGGGUCUCGAGGUCUUUCUGAAGCAGUCAAUAUGAAACCUCCAGUUGCUGGUGCAUUAGGUUCCAUCGCGAAUGUUUCUGCCCCUUUAGGUCCGAUUGGAGAACGAUCUGAUAGAAUCCAACCCCCAUUAUCCAUUGGCAAUCUUGGUAAUGUGGAGAGCAGCAGAAUGGCUGAUAUUAAACCAAGGAUAUCAGAUAAUGCUGACAAAAUUAAAAGCUGGAAGUUUUCUGAUAUAGUUGAUCCAGCUCAAUUCAAGGCUCUGCGGUUGCCUGACCCUUUGACAGCUAACAAGGUUAUGCGGCUGAUUUACACAAAUUCUGGGCUAGCAUUGCUUGCCCUUGCCUCCAAUGCCGUUCACAAGCUCUGGAAAUGGCAGCGUAAUGAACGCAAUCCAUCUGGAAAGUCUACUGCAUCUAUUGUGCCGCAGUUGUGGCAGCCUACAAGUGGGGCACACAUGUCUAAUGACUUAAGUGACACUAAACCAACUGAAGAGGCAGCUGCAUGCAUUGCUUUAUCUAAGAAUGAUUCUUAUGUUAUGUCUGCCUCGGGUGGGAAGGUGUCCUUGUUCAACAUGAUGACGUUUAAGGUAAUGACAACUUUCAUGCCCCCACCACCUGCAGCCACCUACUUAGCCUUCCAUCCUCAGGAUAACAAUAUUAUUGCCAUAGGAAUGGAGGAUUCCACUGUUCAGAUAUACAAUGUUAGGGUGGAUGAGGUCAAAACUAAGCUCAAGGGUCACCAGAAGCAAAUUACAGGGCUUGCAUUUUCUCAGACUUUGAAUGUACUGGUAUCAUCUGCAGCUGAUGCGCAGCUGUGUAUGUGGAAUAUUGAGGGAUGGGAGAAGAGGAAAGCAAGGCCCAUACAAGCUCCGCCUGGUCAGCCGUCUCCCUUAGUUGGAGAGACUAAAGUUCAAUUCCAUAAUGAUCAAUCGCAUCUACUGGUAGCACAUGAAAGCCAAAUUUCUGUUUACGAUAGCCAACUGGAGUGCUUGUACUCUUGGUCCCCAAGAGAGUCACUUUCUGCUGCCAUUUCAAGUGCAAUAUACUCAUGUGAUGGUCUACUGGUAUUUUCCGGAUUCCGUGAUGGUGCUAUUGGAAUUUUUGAUGCGGACAGUUUGAGGCUUCGAUGUCGGGUUGCUGCCUCUGCUUACAUAUCUUCCUCUGUUGCCAGCAACUGUGGCACUGCCUUUCCUGUGGUGAUUGCCGCCCACCCAUCUGAUCCCAACCAAUUUGCUCUCGGGAUGAGUGAUGGUGCAGUUCAUGUGAUCGAGCCAUCUGACGCGGAGCCAAAGUGGGGUGGUUCAGCUCCUCAAGAAAAUGGAACUCUACCUUCGGUUCCCUCGAAUUCUGCGCUGAAUAGCCAGCCAUCCGAAACCCCUUCUAGGUGACACCAUAAAGCAUGGUUCUUGGUGAUGCUAUGACCCUCACAACUUCAAAAUCAUAUUGUAAAUCUUUAUAUGCAUUUUUUUUUUGUUUUUAAGUUAUGAAGGAAAGAAUCUGAAGUCACUGUGCAGGGAUGGUGGAUCAUGAAUUUGAGGAAUGUAGCCAUUUUUGCUUUUCGCCACCCAUCUAUUGUUUGGUUCUUGCUUUCGGUAA